UUAGCAACCACCGCCUGGUCACACUAAGUGACCGGCAUUCUUGUUUUGAUUUUGUGUUUUCAUUUUUUCAAUUUUUCGAUAGUAUGGGCCUCCCGCCAUGCUGUACGCUCUAGUAAAAGCAGCGGAACUUGUGGAUCAGGUCCUGCUGCGUCCGCUGGCCAGCGUGAUUGAUGCAGUGGUCACCGGCGUGUACUACUUCCUGUGGGGUAGCUACCUCGUCGGCUACUGUUUGGUGGAGGGCAGCAGGAAAGGAUGGAAUCUAUUGCGAUGCACGGUCUGCGAUAUCCACGAGGGCUUCCGCAGCCUGGGCCUGAUCACGCUAGAUGUGACGGAUUACUUCUACUCCGGCACCAAAGGCGGGCUGAAGAAUGCCUGGGAUUUUGGUCAAUGCAUAGCCCGGUUCAUCUGCAACUUGCUCAUCGAAAUGGGCGAUUUCAUCUUGUGGAUGUUAAUGCUGCUGCCGAGGGCCGUACUAUUUGUCGUGGACUGCCUCCUCGACUUUGUGGUGCACUCCAUAGUGGCCCGCGGCUUGAGCUUGCUGAACAGUGCGUUCCGGCUCUCGAUAGGAUUGGCCCUGCUCCUCAUUCUCUAUAUGUUCCGGCGCUAUGUGCACCUCUUACUCAUCUACCUGCUCCAACGCGCCCGCAACGAGAUCUCAACCAAGACGCAAAGCGUUUACCUGUGGACCGAUCACCAGCUACAACGCUUCAAGGCGAAUUUGAGGAGUGAUUCAGAGAACGCAGGAUCCCUGAGUCGUGAACGCUGUGUCGUGUGCAUGACUCAGAGCAGGAACGUGGUAGUCAUGCCUUGCCGGCACCUCUGCCUCUGCAAAGAGUGCUCACAGCAGCUGCAGCGCCUAUUAGACGACCGCUGUCCUGUCUGCCGGCACAACAUAACGUCAUUUCUGCAAGUUUACGUUUGAUACAAUCUCUUUUUAUCAUUUUCCCCCCCUCCAAACUUGUAUAUAAGACUGCCAAUCGGAUCUAGGUUAUAGGGAAUUAUCAUUGGACUGAGAAGGCAACCAAAUGACAUUGGUUGAAGGCCAUUCUAACACAAAAGGAAUACCAAAAUCUUCUUAACUUAAGCAUAUGUAAGCAUAUUAACAAAGCAGAAUCCUCCAAACAGACAACAACUUUCAAUGCGGCUUUUACAUCCCUAACACCCAAAAUAACCAGUAAGACACGUAAAUUUGUUUUAUGUAUUUAUUUCAAACCAAUGAAAAUAUACGAUUUGUUUUGUAUACAUUUA